AUGAACGCUAAGAAUGACGCGGGCGAAAGCCUGUUGUGCGGGGGCGAGGAUAUUUCGGCGCUCGUCGUCGACUUAGGGUUCAGCACGACGAAGAUUGGCCACAACCAGGAAGACACACCCAGGGUGUUUUUGAGAAGUACCUGCGGGGAGGACGUAUCUCCUGAAGGGAGUGCCCCCCCAGGCCAAGCUGGCUGGAACGGUGCUGGCGGGAACGGUGCUGACUGGAACGGUGCUGCCUGGAACGGUGCUGACGGCGGAAGUAUCAGUGGGGGUCGCUCCCCCAAGCUGAAGUUCCCGCUGAACCUGUAUAACCCAAAAGAACACGUACGGAUAAAACCCCUGUUCGAGAGAAACCCAGUUGACAACACAACACACAUGAACAGUGAUGUAUUCGAGAAAAUCCUACACUAUGGAAUUGAAGGAGUAGAAUCAAAGAGAGUCUUCGAGUGCUCGGAUGAGAUAAUCAAUCCGAUCAAGUUGGGUGGACUUAACUUAAAAAUUAACGAACAUCCAAUUUUGUUGUCCGAAGCGAACUUACACAAUCAUAAAGUGAGAGCACAGAUGACAGAAAUACUUUUUGAGACAUUUAAUAUCCCUGCUUUGUAUUUUGCAAAGAAAGCCAAGUUAACUGCCUUCAGUUUAGGUCGAUGUAGUGCACUAGUUGUCGAUAUCGGGGGUAGCUCGCUGGAUUUAUCUCCUGUGUAUGAGGGUUACGUGCUUCAGAGAAACUCCUUUCAGUUUAAUAUUGGAGGGGACUACUUUGACCGCCUGAUUUAUAGCUUGCUCAGGAAGGACCAAGUGAGGGUCGUGCCUUACUACGAGCAGCGGAUGAGGUGGAGUAGCGGCGGGGGAAGCGGCUGGGGUAGCAGCUUGGGUAGCAGCUUGGGCAGCGGCUUGGGCAGCGGCUUGGGCAGCGGCUUGGGCAGCGGCUUGGGCAGCGGUGCACCCCACUCUAAUGUACAUACCUCCUACGAGGAAGAAGCCAUUUUAGAUGUCAUUCGCUACAUGAAGGAGAGCAUCUGCAAAGUGCGCGUCGGACAGAAUAGCUCCUCCUCCGCUAAUAAAAAGAAUGAAAACGCAACAGGGAAUCUGAAAAAUGGAAAGGAGGUGGAACCUGCCACCGGGCAAAUGAACAACGGUGCAAAAAAUGUUAAUGCACCCAAAUGGCAAACGGGGCAAGACGACGAAGAAGAGGAAUUUUUUGAAUUACCGGAUGGAGUGAAAAUCAAGACAGACAAAUAUAGAUAUGACAUUGGAGAGGAAUUAUUUCGUUCCGUUCCAUCGGAUCCUAAUUUCCAUGGACUGCCGGAAGCUAUAGUGAACUGUAUCAUCUCGUCGGAUGUAGACAUACGAAAAGAAUUGCUGCAGGCCAUUAUUGUCACGGGGGGAUCAUCUCUCUUCCCUGGGCUGGUUGACCGACUGUACAACUCGCUAAGGGAGAAGGAGUGCUUUUCGCAGACCAUCAAAAUGAAGAUUCUAAAUAUGACGUCAUCCGUGGAGAGCCUGUACUCGUCCUGGCUGGGGGGUUCCAUACUGGCCAGCCUGGGCACCUUCCAGCAGCUGUGGGUGUCUCGGGCGGAGUACGACGACGCGGGCCACGCGAUC